AUAAGUGGGCUUUACAUGGGCUUUCGGCCUGGGCCGAGGAAUAAUUCCGUCUCUUUCUUCUCCCACUUCCCUUCCUGUCCUAUCGUGUCCUCUCCCAAUUGCCGCAGUCCUCAUCUCUCCCCCUCCCGGAGGCCGGAGCACGCAGGAGAUCGACUUGGCCGCGCCGGCUCGCCGGCGACGACACACCCCCACAGAGUGGUGGUGCGAAUAAUGAACAAAGGCAGCAUCCACAAAAAGGAGACGCACGGAACAAGCGACGACAUAAGCGAGAACACGCCUGUGGAGAAGGUCAGGGGCCCCAAUCUGUUUGAACGGGCCAAGGAAGAGAUCGAGGCUCUUGUGGAGGCUGUUCACGAUAAGAUGGAGCACCAUUCCAGUCCCCGCAGGAAGGAGGGUGAAUUGCACAAGGAUUCCAAGGAACACAGUGAGGCAAACAUGCAUAAGAAGACCCAUGAGAACGAAACUCAUGGUACAAGCAAUCAUAUAAGUGAGGACACGCCUGUCAGCAAAGUCAAAGGCCCGGGCGUGUUUGAACGUGCCAAGGAAGAGAUCGAAGCUAUCGUUGAGGCCAUCCAUCCGAAGAAAGAAUCCGACAAGUGAAGAUCGGGCGCAUCGUGUACACUGUGUCUUCAGAAUUUUCAGUGGCUGUGAAAACUAUGUGGGCUAUGUCCAGGUGGAUGCAUUAUUUGCGUCAUAUCCACAUGCAAGCUUUGUAUUUUGCAUUGCCAAACUCUAUCGCUGCACGAGCUGAAUGCUCCAUCGUAUCGCCGCCGCUUACGUUGAGCAGAAGCUGUAUAAAAUGUGACAUGACUGUACAACUACUUUGUUGUGUUUGAAUUGCCAAGAAGCUUUAUGCAAUUUAUCACUUGA